GUGUGAUUGUGACAGUGUAUAUCGCUAUUUGUGCACUAAAAGUGCUCAAAUAAUUUACGGAACCCUACAUGCGCGUGGCCCCGACAGGCACAUUGCCUGUUUUUAAUAGAUACACAACUCUACAUGCGCGAAUGCGACACGCACUUGGCCGGUUUUAUUUCGAAGUCGGUAUGAAAAGAUUCCCAUGAGUCACAAGGAAAAUGUCGAUUCCAUGAGAUUUUACGAGCGAUCAGUGACGCGUUCGCAAUAUAAACAAAGUUCAGUAUCAUUUGUGCAUCCGACUGUGGAAUAGCCUGUUUUGUGCUGAACCUUUGCAUUAUUUUGUUUUAAAAAAAUGUUUAUUUUUUAUCUUGUGUGAAAAAAAAUUGUGAUGAAACUUUGAAAUAUUAAUGGAUGUUUGUGUUCUCUGUUCAAAAGUGAUCUCAAUUAUUUGAAAAUGGAAGAUAGGCUGAUAGUGUUUAUUGUUUUUUUAUUUGUAAGAAAUACAUCAGGUGGAGACUUUCAACUUUGUAUCAAUAGAGAAGAACAUCAGACGUGCAGUAUCAAGGCAUUGGGCGAUCUCAAUUCUGAAGACGCUGGAAGCUGCGACGUGGAAUACAUUCCCCGGAAUAGCCCUGAAUGCAAAGACGGCUUCAGUUCGACGCCAACAUCGGAGCAACGAUUAGGUCAAAUCACUAUAAAGCCUUUCAUAUUGGAGUCAAAAUGCACCGUAAAUGAUAAACACAGUAUUUCCGUUCCGAAUAUCAUCUUCAGUGAUAUUAAAUGGAAGAAAUUAAAGUUCAGGAUUACGGAAAUCGGGAGUAUUCCUUCAAGGCACUGCAGACGCUUGGCAAUGCCACAUAAAAACGUGACAGUUGAGACCAAAACUGUGACGAAACUACACUACGAUUGUUAUAAGUCCAUCACAGACGGCAGCUUGAACACUGGAACUAUCCAUGUUUUGGAUGUGGAGGCUACAGAUGGCGUUGAUGUAGAUCAGAGGAAGUUUUUAUUUUAUCUACCUGCUCUUCAAAUGUUGGGCACAACCACAAACGAAACAAUUUGGAAACCAUUUGUCUACGUAGAAAAAAUGGUAACAUCGAUGCAACUGCGAAUAGUGCCGCCACCAGUUCCGCUAAACGUCACAUACCAAAUAGAAGUGAAGAAGAAACCAACUGAAAACGUUGCUGGCAAUAGCGAUGCAGACGAAAUUGUUGCCGUCGAAAGCAUUGUCGCGAAAAGCUUAAAUAGCACUUUGGUGGAAGAGAUUUACGAUUAUAGUCCCACGUCACUGGGGUAUUACUACUUUGUUGUAACUAUAAAACAGGGUGGCUGUAUGAGUUGCAACAGUGUGAAGAGUCCCCCAAUUUAUCUUGUAGUGGAACCAAGUCACCUGUCCCUGUACCUGGUAAUCAUCGCGUCUUUGUUGGCAGUCGCUUUCGUAAUGUGGAUACUCUACCGCCGCUGCAACAGCGGACUACCAGCAACCCGGAAACCGCCCAAAGUAUUGGUGAUCUAUCCUUCACAGAACACCAUCCACGCGGAGUGCGUCAAAUCUUUCGUCGAAUACCUUCGCUCCGAAUAUGGGUUCGAUAUAUUGUACGACGAUGACAUACAAAACACGUCCCACUGCGAUCCAUACUACUGGGCGGACGAAGCUAUUGGAGAAGCGACUCAUAUAAUGUACAUAGUUGGGCCAAAGACAGACAGACGCGACAUCAGUGGAAAUUAUACACAUAACGCAAUGUACAACGUGGACAAGCUAUUGUUAUCGUUUCUCAAAGCGAAACGUCCUUUACAAAAUAAAAACGUUAUCAACGUAUACUUCGAACACUCAGACGGUAUAUUACCGAAUGAAACGAGAAAUGAUCGGGCGUUCUUUUUGUUGAAUGAUUGGCAAAAAUUGAUUGCCUACUUGUCAAGAGACUUGCUGCCGAAGCAGCAGAUAAUGAGAACAAAACGAGGAAAAAAUUUCAUCGAAGAUUUGACGCGAGUGAACAGGUUGUUAAAAGAACCUUCUGUAGUAUGAGAGAAAAUUAUUUAGUACUCUUUUAAAUAGAGUAUUGGUUUAUAUACCUAAUUACAGCGGCGUAACAAUAUGUGGGCAGUGCCAGAUUAAGAUUGGAAUUUAUCUGGAAGUCUUAGGCAAUCUGUAUCAAGAUAUCAAUUUAGUUAGAUACAUAAAAAGUUGUAAUAAUUAAAACGAUCCGAAAUUU